CCCUCUCUCAGCAUUUAAUCAUCCAGAAGCCUCAACCACCAAACCAGAGCUCUCAGACCAGAGUCAAUGCAUGCAAGAGGACAAAAGCCUCGCAAGAAGAGUAUCAAUGUCUACGGAAGCGCCGCUAAAUGUUACGUCCAACAUCCCCAACAUCACUGGCCCCCAGAUGCCCGGUGAGGGGAUCCGUAUCCUGCAGAUGAUCCUGACCGUGCUCAUCUUCACCGUGGGCGUCUCUCUGAACGCUCUGGUGGUGUGGGCGCUGGGCGUCCGCGUUUGGUGCCGUCGUAGAAAAUCAAUGGGUGAGACUCAGAGUGCGGACAGCUUCAGGAUCUACGUGGUCAACCUUGCGCUAGCAGACUUGGUGCUACUACUACGUACGCCGCUAAUGCUUACGUACUUGGCAAACAACUUCUCGUGGACCCUCGGGGAAGCCGUGUGCAGGCUGAUUAUUUAUUUACGAUGUCUGGGAUUGUAUGCAAGCGCAUUUCUACUGUGUGCAGUAGCAGUGGAGAGAUGUUUGUGUCUACUUAGACCCGUUUGGGCUCGAUUGAAGCGCCCUCGUUGGGUUGUACCGCUAGCUUGCGCUGCAAUCUGGGUGCUAGCUGCUGCAUUCGCAUCUCCAUAUAUCAAGUCGGCUAUUAUCGUUGACCGGAACAACCAUAAAGCAUGCAUUGAAUACAAUAAGGGGGCAGGACAGGCUCUGAUAGUGGUGGAAACGGUGUUCGGUUUCCUGCUGCCGCUGGUGAUCUUCAUGUCCUGUAAUAUUGCUGUGAUCUUCUGCGCAAAAAAGGCUGAAAGUUCAAUGUCAUCACCGACAUCUUCAUCUGCACCGGUGUACACGUCGCAGAGAUUGAGCCGUCUCUACAGAGUUUUGUUUCUCACCAUGCUGCUGUUUUUGACCUGCUGGGUGCCGUAUUUUGUAUGCCGCUUUUUAAGGGCUCUUGCGCAAGAACGCGGGUGGACGACGCUCAAAGAACAAGCCAUAGGUGGCGCUUAUGUGUCACUGUUCCUGGUCUACUUUAAAAGCGCGGUCAAUCCCGUCCUCUACGUGUUUGCAGCUCGUGGACUCGGACGUACAGUCCGGGCGUCGCUUCUAUCAACCAUCGAGAGAGUCUUCAACGAGGAGCUAUCGGAGUCCUUACGAAGAAAAUCCCUACGAAGGAGAGACUCUCAGUUUUAGGGGAGCUUCAAGAGGCGAAUUUCAAUUACAAACAACUGUAGAACAAUAUUUUGGACAAUCUGAGCAGAAACAAUGAGACAAGCUGACCGCAGGAGUUAAACAUAUAAAUAUCUCCACUAGAAUUGACUGACUCCGUGCAUUUGAUUUCAUAAUCAUUCAAUGAACACAGUAGAAUUUCGGAAACUCAUUUUGCAUUGUUGUUUUUUAAUAGUGGAAUUGAUUGUGAGGUAUUAUUAUGUAGCAUAUGCAUUAUGGAGGAAAACAAAAAAACAAAACAAAAAAAACUGCGCUUUCCCUCCUUUGACUGAAGGCUUUGCUGCUAUUGUGAGACUUAAAGCAAGCUAAUAACGAAUGUUUUUAUAUUUAUAUAUACACAUACAUACACGCAUGGAUAAUUAGAAAACUUUUACAAUAGCGCAUAUUUCUACUGCAUGAAUAAAGGAUUAUAAUCU